AUGUUCCGCUCUACCAUCAUCCGCAACGCCCGCCUCUUCAGCACCAACGCGCGCCUCCAGAAGUCUGCCACCGAGACCAUCAAGGAGGCCGCUCAGGCUGUUGACAGAACCAUUUCCGAUGCCGCCGUCAAGGGCAUUGAGACUGGCGGUAUGUCUUCGAUUCCCCUUCCUAUUUUUCCUACUCCUCACUAA